GCAAGUUGAACUAAAAGCUGUGAAACAAAUUGCAGAGCAGGACAGCAGAAGACCCGUCACCUUCGAAUCGCACCUUUCCAGCCACUCAAUUGGCACCGUGAUGCAGAGAAUGGACAGACUCAGAGCCGCGGCGAAGAACCGGUGCUACCACGGAUAACUUCGGGUUCCUUGGAGAGGAAAGCCCCGCAUAGAGAGAAUGUGCCUCAUCAAUUCCAGUGGGACUGGCAUCCCAAUCGACGAACGUCUGCAUGCCGCCAGAAAUUUUCUUUGGGCUACUGAGAGGUCCAUCUCCUUCCGGUGGACUCCCAGCUUCAACUAUUUACUCUCACCAUCGGAAGCUAGUGGGUCCCAAUCUGGGGAUUGUCGGGAUUGACAUGGUUGCAGAAUUUCACAACGUGGGGGAAUCGGACUGGAUGAUGGGGCAGCCAUCUGCAACGACUCACAGCGCGGUACCCCCUUGCUCAAUUCAGACACGCCCCUGGUGUUCGGGUUUGCAACACAAUCGAUCGACUCGAACAACUUCUCAAAUCCGAGCCCUAUUGUUACCCAACAGCACGCAACCUGAGGGAACUCAUCAACCGUCAACAUCCCGCACAGGGACGAGGCAAGGCAGAUUCACCGGAAGGGUCAUGUGGUCUCAGAUAUGGGAGGCAUGCCAAUCAGGCUCAUCAGGUUAUCAUUCCUUGGGCGGCGGGGUUACGAGAGCAUUGAGGGGUCUUUUGCGCCAUUUCAUCCACGGGAGUAUUCGGGCAUUUGACUGCCGGCCGGCCGAAGGCAGGUCGCUAACACGGCGCCGCAGAGACAAUUACAGAGGAUGUUAGCACUAGCGGCGUGUGGCGCGCGUUGGGAGUUACAUUUGGGCCAGAAUAUGCCUUCGUGUUUUGUCGUUCGUAGAGGACCUCUUUGUAACCGCAUGAUAUGAGGGGUUUGCUCAGCAUGCUAUUCGAUGGGUGGCUUAUCGAGGUCGUGCCAUAUGACCGGGCUGACUGAGUGAAU